AUGGAUAUUUUCCAUAUUAGCUACUACUAUACUGCACUAUUAUACUAUUCUAACAAUAAGAAUGUCAAUGAUGCUAGGUCAACUGCAGAUUUAGUUUAUCGUCUUAAUUGCCUGAGGACAUCAGAUGAAGACAAAGCCCUAAUAAGAAAAAACUAUGAGGUGCUAAUGGAAAUAUCAACAUCUCUGGCGGUACUCUUUCGAUACUUCUAUCCUAUAAAAAUACCAAAUGCUAAUGAAGCCGUUCCUAUCAUAGAACUAGUUAGCGAAAUUAAUUUUCAAAGUGCGAUGAUCCAAAAUUUAAUCAAGGCUGUCCAUUUAAAUAAAUCGUUGCUCCAUAUUACUGGCAUACUAAUACAAUCUGAUGAUGUACAGGUCCUACAAUACACAAUUAAAACUUUAAUUAAUUUGCUUGCGCUUCGACAUGAACCUAUUUUUGCGCGAUUGCAUAAUCAUAUAACGCUACCUCGUAUCUUUGAAGUGUUUACAAGUGGGUCGCCUCGCUUAUAUGAACCGGCAUUGCAACUGCUAAAUCGCCUUGUUAUGGUAGAACACUCUCACUCAGUGUUAACGAUUGGUAUUAAGUUAAUACCUUCUAUGAAAGGAAUGAUACAAAAUUAUAAGAAAUUGAGUAUAACAAAUUUAGAGAGUAUUUUACUAAUAUUGACUAAUCUAAUCCUUACUGAUCGGAUCCUAUUGCAGAAAAUAAUAGAUGAAGAUGUUGUACUUGAUGUCAUAAAUUGCGUAAAACAAAUGCCGUCGUUAAGCUGGAGUCUUACAGAUAUUUCCCGUAAUGCAAUUUAUAGUGGUACCAAGGAACAGACGCAGAAGUUAGAUGCAAUCUUUAAAGACCAUGACGACUUACCUUGCAUGAAGGAACUUAGAUAUCCCUUAAGUUGUAGUAAAAUUAUAAGGUUGAUAGAAGUAUCUUCAGUCUCAUAUCUACAGGCAUGA